CACACUCUUCUGUUAAAGAGAGGACACCGUACCGCUGCUUGCGCUGAAUAUACACUCCCUCGGGGAGUUCGGUGCAUAUAUGUUAUUCCAUCGCCUUUUUUCAGUUGUCGUAUACGAGGGUUUUCAAUCGUCAGCCGCGCGCAGCACCAUUUGUUGUAUGGAAAUUAUAUUGUUAUAUCCCAUGGACUAAUGCAUGUUCGUAACCCACUUUGGUGGAAAAUUGACAGUGGAAUAUAUCCCGUGCCGUCGAAAGUUGUGAUCGUAUCGGCGAUUCAUCUUGCAUUUUAUUCGCAUUUCGAUCUUCCAUGCAUCACCAUUUUGUCAGCCUCAUCACUAAGGCGAUAGUCAUUAUUAUCACACUGCUCAUCUGUCAACCCCAUCCAUCAUCUUCGUUGUCAUAUAAAUCCUAUUUAUCGACUCCGUUUCAUGUGUGGAUGUCACGGAGCUAUAUUCACAACUGUAAACGGGAGGUAUGGGCAACGGGCAGUCUGAAUUGAAGACGACAAUCACCGAGGUUCAACUAUGGCGAGUUAGCGAGAAGGUGAUGCCUGGUUUGCAGGACAAACUGGGCGAGAUCCUAGGCCUCAAGGUCCAAGAAGUGAGCGAUAUCCGCAACUCUUCAGAACUCUCGUCCUCCCGGGAGGCCACAUUGAAGAUCCUCAUCCAAUGGCAAGAUAAGCAGAAGAACAGGAACACUGCAGAAACCCUGAUCAAGGUUCUAAAGACGCUUGACAUCUGGGAGAAGGGCCUCAUUGAUCCAGCCGGUAAUGAUCAUCUGAAGUACGUCGUGAGUUCAAAGAAGGAAGUUCCAGGCCUUUCUGAAAUGCAGGUCCAAUGCUUGGCCAACCGUAUCCCCACCGAGAAAUACGUGCCACUCGGUCUCAACCUCGGUUUGCCGUACCGCGAUGUUGCGGCUAUGUGGACCGCAGCGGAAGGGCAUGUUCGAAACGCGGCGUUUGAAAUGUUAACCACCUGGGUACGAGGAGUGGACCCGACCGUCAAACAGGCGGAUACCUUGGUCAAAGUCCUGGUGGCAACGCAACAGAUGAAGCUUGCCGAUGAAGUCCGGAAAGGGAUUGGAUUGAAGGUCGAUCUUUACGAGAUGAAGAAAGUGUAUCUCAAAGCCGAAAAAUUGAACAAAUACCUUGGGCUGGACGAGGCGGGCAAUAUCUGUUUCCUAGAAGAGAGCGAGGACAAGACUGAACAGGAUAGAUAUCUGAUAAACCUAUACACCUUUAACACUAGUAAGACGGAUAAGAGUAGCCAUGGGUCUCCUGUAAUAGUUUCUUUCUCAUCUAAAUGCAUGGCGGUCGACACGAAUGGCAAAAUAUACUUCCAGCCUGUUGAAAGUAAUGCAAAACAGAUAAGCCAAGCCGAUGAACGGUUCUUCUAUUACCAGACUGAAGAUGACGUUCUCUCCACACUCAGAAGUUGUGUCUUCACAAAAUACCUUUGCGUGGACUCUUCAAAUCAACCUGUCAUGGGGGACGAAGGCAGGAGUGUCGUUAAGUUCGAGGAGAUUUCUUCAUUUAAAAGACGCUGACAGCUGGAACAACUCGAAAUGGAUGCAUUUAUGGAUGCAUGGUUGGUGUACCAGAUAAACGUUCAGUUUUUCUGUGUUUUACUCUCAGUAUAUGACGUCAUAAGAGUUACCCUCAUCGCUUGCAAUAAUGGCCGUGCACGUUUUAUAGUGCGAUUAAAAAACACGGUCAAAUUCGUAUGAAAGUCUCACUGCACAAUGUCUACUGGAUUUUAAUUUUAUUUAUAACUUUAUUGGCGAUGGCUAAAGUUAAGGGAUGGUUAUGUUAGAUGGAUAAAGUCUGUGUUUGACGUUAUACACACUGUUGGUAUCAUCUCCACAAGUUAGGUUUUCGUAUGAAGCGUCAUCAAUGGGAGCGUUAUACUAUAAGGUGCGUCACCCCAGUGAUUUUUCACCGACGAAUUUGCUCUCGGCCAAUUGGCUGCCAGAGUUCUAAAAACUUUCAAAAAUUGUCAAAAAUAAUCACUGAGAUGUCCCUUUCUGAACCUUCAGUUAAGAACUUUGCGAGAAGUUUAAGGAAUGUUACGUCAGAAAUAUAUGAGCCUGCAGUCUGUGUCGAAUAAUGCAGGCCGGUAUUUUCACGACAGCUAGCGGCUUAUUCACAAGACAAUAUCUUGUGUACUGAAUGCAAGCACAAAUUAAAGAGGCUGCAAAUUUAGAACAAUUAAGUAUGAACAUGUAUCCAUACUUGUAUUAUAUGUAAAUUAAGAUAUUUAUAGUCCAUAUAUCAUUGUACAUGUACAAUCAAUGAUGCUAUCUUACGAAUUUAAAAUGGAUAUUGAUGUUUAGGUGAUUAGAGCUGAUAGUUUUGAGAUGAUAUUUAUAAUACUGAAAUGUUACCAUUAAAAUCACAUUACACCUAGUACCACUGUUUUUAAUAGUUUUAAAACACAAUGUGCACACAAUAGAUUUUUUAAAUAAAAAAAUACAUUUUUACCAUUCAUCUUUCAUAUUUCUAUUCUAUUAUUUUCUUUAUUGGAUAUUUUUCAACUGUGCUUUCACCAAGAGGCUUUUGUUAAAAGAGAUUUUUGUUUAGAUAUUCUCCCUUUUCUAAAAUCUCAAUCAUUAAAUUAAUCUAGAUAAGAACAAUUUCCUCAGAAAGUGAUAGGAGAUUUAAAAAUGUUAGAAGUUUAAAAUAUUCCAUACUUCGGUCUUACAAGACUCUGAAGGUAUAAACUUACAUCAAUUUCUCACAGUGGUAUAUUAUAUAUACCUGUCAAAUCGAAGAAUGUGUAUUCCCAAUUUUCUUACUUUAGAAUCCUGUAUAUUAUCCUGAAAAUGAUUAUAAGUACAUAAUCAAAUGAAAAUAUUCAUAUAAAUCUGUGUUCUGUGGCGAUUUUAUUAUCAUUCUCAGUAGGUUAGUUUAUAGGAAUUCAUCCAUUGUUUCAUGAAAGAACAGUUAGAUUAAUGUGGCGUGAUAUUAAAUAGAAAACUAUUAUUCUUUUUCUUCUCCCCUCUUGAACGAGGGGGCUUAUUUUACUUUUAUAUAUUUUUUUAUUUUAAAAUCACUAAAAAAUUAAAGAAAUAACAACUUUGUAUUUAUUAGUUACUGUCUGACUGCAUUACACACAUGUAUAUAGAUUUUUUGAAAUAUCGUUUUUCCGUCUCUUACAUUUUCAAAAGCAUCGGUGCAUCUCAUUUUUAUACAUUUUAUAAUUCUUGUAUGUAUAAUUCUGACCUUUGUUUACUCAUAUUUCAUUAAUCUUGCAUGUAAAUCUUAAGUCAGUAACUAUACCAUCAAAUCAACGUAAUCACAAUGUUUUGAUAAUUUACAUAUUUAUCAAAAUAGCUUCCUUCUUGAUUGCCUGAUUUCCCUUUGAAAAUAAAAAUGAAUAUGCCAGGUCCGAAAUAUCCUUUUACAAAAUUGAAUCCAUGACUUUUCUAAAAAUUGCAUCGUUGAUAAGCCGAUGAAACUUAACGAUACAAAAUAUAUUGUCAGGGUCAUGACAUCAACUUUGGAGUUGUAUAAAAAGCCAUAUUAUUGAAUGAUUUCGUGUGAUUUGUAUAAUACAAUCAACUUUUGGUUGGGAUAUGCUACGUUAUACUUUCAAGAGAAAAGAAAUUGGUACUUACAUUUGAAACUGAAUUAUUCAAACUCACUGAUCUGUGAUGCGCAGUGGAUGGGCUUGAAGAUAGAGAACAACUGUAGCAUUGAAUGCUUCCCCAAAGUAACCAUAUUUGAUAUUACCCUUUACAUUGUAUAAGCCUGGAUGCAGAGAUACACAUCUCUUCAACUAAGUCAAAUCAUAGUAGCAGUAGUAGUCUGUAGGCACAGACCUUUGGUUUUCACAAUUUGCAUAAUGCAUAAUGCAGAGUCUGAAGGAGUGAGACUAUUUCACUCUGUACUGUGGCUGCCUCUACCAAAAUAUUUCUGACAAUGACCGAGAGUUUGGAGUCUAGUCUUUACUCUAGACAUGGUAUAAUUGGUUACAGUGUCAAAUUUGAGUCUGUGCUUGUAGACUAUAGAUGUAGCACUUGGGCGAGUACUGUAGAAGGCUAAAUCAACAAACCUCCAGAGUCAAAUUUGACUAGGGAUGACGUAGGCUUGGAUUAGACUCCAUUGUAUUGGAUAUCUGAGUCACUUUGACUAAGUAUGGGUUCGUUUUCACUUAAUUCUGUAAUAAUUCAGAAGCCAUUAGUCAAGUUUGACUCGUCAGAAAGUAGAGUAAAUGUAUAUGUGAAUUAGUAUAACAGUUAUGUACUAAUGUUAUUGUCAAAUAUAUUGUUGAAAAUGUAUUGCAUACGAUUCAUAUUCAAUAAAUGUUCAUAUUUUGAUACAAUA